ACGUGAGGUUACCCACAAGCUAAUGUUUGCUCCAUCAAGUUCUCGAGUAACCGGAGUCACGGUGGUUACAAGCCAGCGUCAGUAGCUGCCUCAACUGAACCGGGGUUCCUCUGCCGGCAGAAAACCCGAAAAAAACACCCCAACCCAAUUCUCCGCCGUCUUCAAUUUCGCAAUCAGCCACCUCAAAUCUCCAAUUCCGGCGCCGAGCAUAACGUAUCUGAGAUUUUCUUAUCCGGGUAUUUUUCAGAUUUGUCCAUAAAGUGUUGGAAUUUAAAUCCAGACCCAUAAGAAUUCACAUAGAGGAGGAUGAGAACCGCCGCGAAAGGCAACCAGGAGGAGGAUGAGUACGACGAGGAGGAGUUUGGCUCCAGGAAAGAAGGUCCUUCCAAUUCCAACAGCAAAGAUGCUAAGAACAACGAUAAGGCUAGUGCUAUUCGAUCGAAACAUUCAGUCACAGAGCAGAGGAGGAGGAGCAAGAUCAAUGAGAGGUUCCAGAUAUUGAGAGAUCUAAUACCCCAUAGUGAUCAGAAAAGAGAUACGGCAUCAUUCCUGCUCGAGGUGAUCGAGUAUGUCCAGUACUUACAGGAAAAAGUCCACAAAUAUGAAGGUUCAUACCAGGGUUGGAGUCCUGAGCCCACAAAGUUGAUGCCAUGGAGAAACAGUCACUGGCGUGUUCAGAGUUUUGUUGGUAAUCCUCAGGCCAUAAAGAGUGACACUGCACCGGUGUCACCAUUUCCUGGGAAAUUUGAUGAAAAUAACAUCUCUAUCAAUCCGAACAUGCUGGGAAACAGCACUUCGAAUCCAGUAGAAACUGACCCUAGCAGGGAUGUUGCCUCCAAAAUAGUGGAUCAACAACCUGAGAUAGUGAACAAGGGGAUUCCUCUGCCUAUGUCACUACCAAACAUUACUCCCCCGGUCAGAAGUGGUGGUGUGCUUGCCCAUCCUCUCCAGGGACAAAUUUCUGAUGCUCAAUCAACUCAGUGUCCCACCACUAGUGCUAGUGAUGCACUGAGCCAACACGAGCAGCUGACAGUUGAAGGAGGAACAAUAAGCAUCUCAAGUGUUUAUUCACAAGGGUUAUUAAACUCUCUGAGCCAAGUGCUGCAGAGUGCAGGUGUUGAUCUGUCGCAUGCUAGUAUCUCAGUGCAGAUUGAUCUUGGGAAUCGUGCAAACCGAGGGCUGUCCUCUGGAACACCUGCUUCUAAGGAUAAUGAGAAUCCCCAUUCAAGCAAUCAGACGAUGGCGCAUUUUAGGGACGCUGGCAGUGGAGAGGACUCCGAUCAAGCUCAUAAGCGCCUCAAGACAUAAAACUAGUGUGGAGUCUCCUUCUUCUCCGCCGUCACCCAUAUUUUUACUCCUUUAUUCUGCUUUGGGAUGUCUUAGUGUCCAUCUUCUGGUUAGUGUACAUGCAGUGCUUUGGUUUUUUCCUUUACAUAUUUCAUUGAACCCAUGUUGAGAACAAUUUCCCUCAGUUAUAGAUUUCUUUGAGGAAGGAACCCGUGUUAGGAAAUGCCGUCACCCAUAUGUUAGUUUUAUCGUACAUAAUUGUUUCGAAUGUAUCAAUUGGAGCCAUUGAGGUGCCAUUUCGUGGUAAUAAAGUUGUUAGUUCGUGUCUCGA